AUGACUUACUCGCAACCAAACAUGCAAACCAGCGAUGACCUCGCUGCGUUGUUCUCUCGUAACUUAACAUUACAACCUCAACCAGCCCAGGUCCCCCAAGAAACACCGCAAGCGCAAGAGCCAGAAAUAAAAUAUUCCAUCACCCAACACUACCACCAUUCUGCCCAUAUCGCCCAUCAAGACGACUCACAAGCGGAACUCCAGAGGCGAUCAUCAGAGCCGCCACAAACACAGCAGUUUUCUGCAGAGUCGAUUUUAAAUUCAUAUGGUAUCGAUCAUACUGCGCUUUCUGCGGCGCAAAUACAGCUCUUCAAGACAGCCGAGGAUAAUCAAAAGCUGCGUUUGAUUGAGCUAUGGCGAAUCUGCCCCCCUACUGGUUCCCAUGAGAACCCAGCCGUUGCUUGGACUAGCACGACGGUCGAACAAGAACAGCUCCUCGCCCAAUUGCGCUACGAGAGAAGAAUGGCCGAAGAGGAACAGAAGAAUACUAUGAUGUCCAUGGAUGGUACACCCCUGACACCAGUCCAGACCGGAGACGGACGAUGGGUCGCCACAUGCGACGUUGAGCCUUACAUGAUGUCUGGCUACGAGGCUUUAGCUAGACGCGAAUAUGAAGAGUCCGCAAGACGACAAUAUGAAGAGGCCAUGGAAAGGCCCAAAGAUGUUUACAGCCAUUUUGGCACCGCUAUUGGUGGCCCCAACUACCGUCCAGCGACGGACCCCGUCUACGAUAACGACUGGAUGAGUAAACAGCAAUCCAUGGAGAACCAAUACGGAAUUUUUCAACAGAUGGAUGAUAUGCACCUAUAG